CUGCGCCAGGUCGGGUUCCGCCUGCCGGCGGCCUGCCGCUGCGUCGUCGCCGGCGGCAACGGCGCGGGCAAGUCGACGCUGCUGAGGCUGCUCGCCGGGCGCCACACGCCGGAGAGCGGGUCGGCGACCUUCGGCGGGGACGCCGCCGGGUCGACGGCGCUCAACGGCCGCGUCGCGUACGUCGCCGCGGAAGGUGCCUGGGGCGUCGAGAACGCGAAUUUAGAAGUCGGCACGCUCCUCGACGGCGCGGCGGCGCGCGCGGGCGGCGGGCCGCGCCUCGACGCCCUGGCCGCGGCUUUACGGGUGGACGACCGGCUCCGGAGCCGGGGCACGCGGGAGCUGAGCGACGGCGAGCGGCGGAAGGUCCAGCUCUUCGUCGCUCUGGCGCCCGAGGGCCUCGAGCUCGUGCUCCUCGACGAGGCCUGCGUGGAUUUGGACGCCCUCGUGCGCGACGAUUUGAUGGCCUACCUCGAAGCGCAGCGCUACGCGGUGCUCUACGCGACGCACGUCUUCGACGGCCUGGACGACUGGCCGACGCACGUCCUCGACGUGCGCAAGGGCGCCGUCGCCGCGACGCUGCCCUGGGCGGCGCCGGGCGAGGGCGGCCGCCUCUUCGAGCUCUGCCGGGGCUGGCUCCUCGAGGAC